ACUCUACUGAACGAAAUAAAAAUGGCUAACGCCAAAAUUCCACGAAUUGUUUGUGCUCGCAAUUUCAAUUGAAUAAAAUAGCAAUUCUAUCGCGAAAUUUAAUCGUAAACUACAAUUAAAAUUUACAUUAAAUAUAACUACACAGUUCGAUAAUAUAUUCAAUUGCCAACUGAUAAAGUUUAAUGUGUUAAUUUACGUUCGAAAUUUUCGCCAAUAUAAAACCCACGAUAAAGUUUCAAUAUAUUUUUCUUCCUCCUACCAAUUUGUGAUACGAAUUAAAAAAAAAAGUGAAUUUCAUUAAUUUUCAUCUUGAAAUGGAAAGAAAACUAAUUAAUUUAUUGAAUUCCUGUUAAAGUGGUGUUAGUUUAAAAUAAAGAAUCAUUUGUUAUCUGAGAAAUUAAAGCGUGGAAAAACGAGAAACUUAAAAGAAGAAGAAUUUAUAAUUUUCAGACUCCGCUGGUCGCGCAACACCCAAUGACGCCAUUUUUCGUUGGCUGGGCCACUCUGCGGCGGCGACCACGAGCACGACGGAUCUCGCUCAUAUUUCACCACCACCAUUAAAAAACUCGGAUAAAUUCUGUGCCAACAGUGACGGCGAGGCAAGUUCUUCUCAGUCGCUGCCGACAUUUGACUUUCGACCGUCAGUCGAAGAUUCCUCAUUGCAGAGUGCAGAGGGUGGUUCUGUCUCUGGUUCUGGUUCCAGCAGUCAACUCAACUAAAGCUGAAGCUAAACUCUUGGGAAAAAGCAAGUAGAAGAAGAAAAAGAAGGAAGCGAUUUAAUUCAGGAAAAAAAGCUAAAUAUCAUUCAACAUGGAAACGUCCGAAUCACAAAAUUCAAUGGAAAUGUCUGAAUCACAAAAUUCAGCGGAAGCAUCCGAAUCACACAAUUCAAUGGAAGCUUCGGAAUCAAAAAACUCUAUCGAAGCCAUGGACUCACAACUUCUUACGGAAACGUUAGAAUCGAAAACAACCGUGGAAGAAAUUGAACAUUCUCAGCAUUCUAUAAAAACGCCGGAUUCAAGAGAACCUGCGGAAGCAUUAGAAUCACAAGAAUCCACAAAUGAUAUUGAGCCCGCCAUUCCUUCAAUAGACGAAGAAGAAGAAGAAGAAAAGCUUAAUCAAACUACCAGUAAAGAAACCAGUAGUCCGCCUCAUUUAGAAAGCAGCUUAUCAGAUGAAGAAGAUUCGGAACAACACCUUAGUAUAGCAGAUCCUCAAAAUGACGAGCAAGAAUUGAAAACUGAAACGACAACAGAAGACAUGCAACAAGACGAAACACAACAACACAUAGAAAACGAAGAAACAAAUUUGACGAAUAAUGAAUAUCUCCCAACACUUAAAGAACCAGCUCUCGAGGAAAAAGAUGCCGAAAUUGAAAAUGACUUCAAAAUUAUCCAAGCCCCAAUUCUUAAGUUAAAUGGAAAUCAUUCACUCUCGUUGAACGACGAGGAUACUUGUUCGUCAACUACUUCAUCAGCAUCAUCACAUAACCUAGUAAUAGAUCACCCAUUGGCAGAGGAACAACCUCCAACGAGCUCACAAGAAAAUAAUCUGCCUGACUCUGAAAAGAUUAAUCAAUCAAAAUCUUUGAAGAGAAAACUGAGCAGCAGUGACAAUGAGUCACAUCAAUACAAGUAUAUCCAUUUGGAUAACGCAAACAUGAGCCCAGCGAAAGACGACGAUCAACGGCAGGAAAUUCCUUUGGAAGCUGAAGGACAAACGAACUCAAUUAAUGCCGAGAAUCCCGAACGGUCGGCAUUUUUUUGGGGAAAGAGUAAAGAAGCAAUGAUUGUUCCCAAAGAGGAACCACUUCUGGUGAAAACAAAUUCAACAAAUCCUCAGUAUCAAAUUAAAUUUAUUGAAGAAAAUGUUCCUCCUCCUAUGUUCCCGCAGCAAAUUCAUGUGAAUAAUCAAGAACCUAACAAUGGAAGUCUUAAAGAGAAGCCACCACCUCCAUACCAAUCAUAUUUCGGAGUUCAAAGCACUGUGGCUCCUGAACCUGCUAAAUUUAGAUCGCCACCAGCCUACGGGCCAUAUCCCAUCUACAUGAGUAAUAAUGUACAGCCAACUGCAAUGGAAACAGAAAUAUCUACAUUGGUUGCAAAACAGUUGUCAGAUUCUUGUACACAAGUUGCUCCAAUCGCCGCUGUUACGGAAUCAAAGCAGGCAAUUGGUUCAUAUGACCUGUAUACUACACCAACUGGUAAAAGCCUUCCCCCUCCUAAGUUAAACUUUGAAUGUUUCAAAUGUAGAAGUGCUGUGUUCGAGAGCUUUUCCCAGUUGCGAGAUCAUCACAAGUCUUGCCUGUUCGCGGAAAAUCCCAAAAGACUCCUACCCCCAAGCUCAGCGACCCCCGAGGCACCAUUAGCAAAUGGGAAAGAUAAGACUGUUGCCCUCCCUAACCCUCCUGGACCAGUUGAACUAUCAACUUCACUGGCACCAACGACUACGACGACGAAGAAACGUUUCUACCUUUGUUCAUCCUGCGGUACCUAUCACGAGAACUGGAAUCUUUUCCUGCACAUUCGCGAGAUCCACAAUCGACAUGUUUGUCUUUACUGCAUCCGAUUGUUCCCCACGGCGGAAAAGCUUUCGCUGCAUUUGGAAAUCAAACACGAUCUCGAACAGAACCACUUCAAUUCUGAGGAGAAACUUCGAAGUGUGUCCAAAGUUGAUGGUAACUCGCGUUUCCUAAUGUGUUGCACAUGUCAACAUGUUUUCUCUGAGCAUGAACGAUUCUCGGACCACGUUUGUACAGAGUACAUUCAGCCGUGUACUUUGUGUGGCCAAAAGGGACGACAUCUGAGCAACUGCAAGGCUAACCCAGAGAAACGACAGAAGACAAAGAGAAAGACAAAAACAAUAGAAGCACCUCCACCUGUUCAUCAACCCGCGGCGGCAUCCAAAACAAACAAUAAAAUUUCUAAAAUGUCCAGAAAAAUGUCAGCAUUUUCGUCACCUGGACUACCAAACGACAACAGAUUGAACAAUAACAACAACAACAACAGCAGCCAGAUGGUAUUCCCAACGUUACCACUGUCUCUGCAGGCGAUGCCAAAUCCCCUUGAGUUUUCUAAACAAAACGGUUACUCCGAACCGCCUGCCCCAGCGGGUGGUCUUGGAUAUGCAGGAACAAAGCAACCCCCAGAUGACUUUAAUUAUCAUUCCGAUGAUAGUACUAACAUGGUGAUUGAUGAAACUUGCAGUUCUAACAGCCACUUUAAUCAGAUGCCAACCGUGAACCCAUUCAAGGCUUUGGACGAGCGAGAACGACAGGAAGCGAUCCAAAAAACUGCCGAGGUAAAAUCAACACUACCGCCAGACAGAGUACCUGAGGCUAUACCUGAACCGAAGCCUCUAAUUGUUCCGAAGAUAAAACUCUGCGUGCCAAAAGAGUUUCAAAAGGCAGUCUAUAUGGAGAUGUCAUCAACAGACAGCAACGAGGACGAAGAUCAGGACCAUGAGGACGGGAGCUACGAAGGAGGGCGAGAAGAGCUGCAAACUUCGCAGUCGCCUAUGACUGAGGAGAAAAAUAGAACGGAGCGUCGUCCAGAGGACAACAAUUCGAGUUCAGCGGACGAAAAGGAUAGUAACCACGAAGAUGGAGCUGAACUUGAUUCGAAAUUAGAUAGAAUACUUAAAGCAAUCGAAAGAACUCAGAGUGAAAUUCGAAAAACAAAAGAGAGGAUGAUGAGAACGUCACCGCCAAAUGUCAUAGACCAUUCAAAUGAAAGUCACUCAGCUGAAGUUCCUGCUACGGAACAAGAUGAUGCUGAAGUUUUGCCAAUGGAAGAACCAAUCCAGGAUGAAGUUUCACCAAUCGAACCCACUCAAGCUGAAGACUCAUCAAUGGAAAAAGUUCAAGAUUCCAUUCAAGAACCAGAUGAACCGCAGCAUGAAUCGGAAGAACCUGAGGAAAUUGAGGAACCUGAGGUACCCGAAGAACCUGAGGAACCCGCCGCCCCUUCGCUCGAGUGUACUUCAGAACAUGAAAACUCUAAUGCCAGUAAUAACGUAGUUCUGAAUGAAACAGUAAGUUGGACAACUCCGGAACGUGGGAUGUACUCACCCACUCCGCCUCCAACGCCUAAUUCUGCGUGGCCAUCACCUUUAUAUCAACCGGAAGAUAGUCCAGCAGUCAUACAAGCUGUCUCUGAACGUGAAAACAUCGAAAACAUGGAGAAGGAAUGCGAACAUGCGAAGGAGCAUUCUCCUGAAACAGACAAAAUGAACAGCUCCUCCGAACUGGACAUUGAGAAUAUUCAAAAUCAAGAGGAAUCUACAAUGGACAUCGAGGAGAAGUCAAAGCAAACACCUCCAAACUCGUCUCCGUUGCAAGUCAUGGACUUCAGUCCCAUAACUGCUGAAGCAGAGAAGAAACUUGAUGAAACUGCGACGUCCGAAGAACCCAGAAGUCAACCCACACAGGACAUCGACGACGACGAGGACGAGGAAAUCGAAGUGGUAAAAGAACACAUCCCACCAGCCGAUGGAAUCGAAGUAGCCAACGAGGAUGUUGUAAUCACCGAUCUCUUGCUUGACAGGCCGAUUGAAAAAUUCGAAAUAAUCGAAUUUGUUCGUUUGUGUGUUAAGGCCGUGUAUUCUUUAUGUCUGUAUUGUAAUCAUGCGAGGCGCAUAGCAGUUUGUGGCCAUAGCUUGGUCCUGCAUCUGCUGGCUCAGCAUCGUUUUUCUGCUACCGUUGACUCGAUCACAGCUGAAGAGCUCCUGCCAUCGACAAUUGUGUCAAAGCUGAAGAGCUUCCUUCCCGAAUUGGAGGAGCAUUAUUUUAAUUUAGACAGUUACUCCACUUUGCCUCCCAAAGAGAAUACAACUGUCGUCGGUGUGUUCAAUGAGAGGAUUUUUGAGUGUUUUCAGUGCAGGUUCUCAACGAGAAUGCAUAAGGACCUCUAUUUGCACAACAGAAAGAUGCAUCUCAAGACAGCCAUUCUAUGCUUCAUGUGUCGGGCGAAUUUCUUCAGUUUCAGUGAAAUUUUGUGUCACAUUUGUCCGGGUGCGCCGAACAAGGUAACCACGUUUGACAUCAAAUUCCGGUGUUGUUUGUGUGACAUCGACAAAAUACCCUCACCGUUCCGACUGAUGGUGCAUCUCAGGAAGAAGCACUUUGCAUGUGACAUCUGUUUGGAGGAUUGCCACGUUCAGGCUAAACUUUCAAGCCACGUGUGGAAGCAUAAACUUCAUCACUUGUGUUACCGCUGUGGAAUUGCGUAUCGCAAUAAAAUGGACAUUACAAAGCAUCUGUUUUGGAAACACGGAACUGAGAGUAUCAUUUGCAAGCGAUGCCUCCAAAAACGCUGGCGUCAUGUGUACCACUUUUGUGUGCCUCCUACAUCGUUUACAUGUGAUGUUUGCAGUUUGUGUUUCUCCAAGGCAACUUAUUUGAAAGUUCAUCAACGAGAGCAUACCGGCGAUUUUCGUUACCCUUGUACCGAAGACAAUUGCGAGGAGAAAUUUGUAUCGAGGAAACUGCUUCUCAAACACAGCGCAAUCCAUGCUCCACCGCCUGAAGUUAAGGCCGAAGAAGAGGAGAAAGUAGAAAAAGAAGAGGAUACACGAGAAGAUAAAAAAGAGCAGCAAGAGUCCGAAGUGAAAGCAGAAGUAGAGGAGCCUGCCCCACAAGAGGAGAAACCUGCGCCUGUUGAACCGGCUGAAGAUGUCAAACAAGAAGAGGAGAACAAGUCUGAUGGCAAAACAGUUGAAGUUGAAAAGCCAGAGAUUGGCUUAAAGCGAAAGAAGAAGAAGAGUCGCAAUAAGGAAAGCUUAGAGGAUCUUAAUUUGAUAGCACCGAAUCUCUCGGAGAGCGACAGCAGUGGCGAAUCGGACGUUGAAAGACCUCCUAAGACUGAUGAAAAGAAUUCCCUGGUGCCAAAUGUCAUGCUCUCACCCCCCUCCGAAGAAGACAAAGAUGAAGAAAAAUCGGAGGCAGUUGAUGACAAGGAUGCAGAAAAAAUCAUGGACAUUUGGGAGAAUUUCAAAUCGUUUCAAGCCAGCCAGCAGGCGAAGAAAGAAGAAGACGACGAUGUCCAAUCAUUCACUGACAGUGACUAUCCAACGCCAAUUCUACAUGUUGCCUCGUCUGAUCACGAUUAUUGCGCAAUGUAUAAGAUACGGCCGCGAAUUGUAACCGAAGACCGCAGUGCGGAGCUUCCAGAAGAUUCGAAGGACCCAGCCGAAGAUGAUAUCAAUUCGGACUCUGAAAGUAGGGUACACGAUGUAAUGGAACGCAAAGAAUCAAUUUCCCCGACCAAGAAGAAACGAAAGUCUACCGGCAGUCAUUCGUCUUCGAGUGGUUCCAGUUCGGAUUCAAGUUCCCGCUCAAGUUGUUCGUGCAAGACAAAUUGUAGUUGCUCGAGUAGCAGCAGUGGAUCGGGCAGCAGUUCUAGUUCGGAAGAUAGCGAUAGUUCCACUUCGGAAGGCCGUCGUCGAAUAGCCAAGAAGAGGGAGGAGAGAGCCGAUAGAAGCCGAUUAAAGAGUGAAUCCUCUCAGAAGAUAAGUAUAUCCGAGAACGUGGACGUUGGUGGGGUUGACGAAAAGGAGCCGGUUGUUCCAGUUAUCGUUAAUGAGAAGGCGGAGCCUGUUUUCAUCGAGACUGACUUAGAGACAGCUGAAUCAGAAACAGACGAGGAGUUCUAUGACGAACAUCCUCAGAAACUUGCAUCUGAGAUGUUAGCAGAAAAACGUCUGCAGCUGCAGGAACAGAUGCGUCUCAGUCCAUCGCAUAAUUUUGAUAUCAUGGAGAACAGUCGUCCAUCAACACCUUCACUUCCAGAGGAAAUGGUCAAGGAGAAAAAGGUUAAGCUCAAGAAGAAGAAACGCGAGCGGAAGUCGACCUGCAAGUCCCAGGCGGUUCCACCCAUCAAGCUCAAUUUGUCAAUCAAUAAAGUGGAGAUUCUUAGCAAGGAGCCAGUCAUUCACCACCCAACGGCAAUGCAAGUUCCUGAAGUAGAUUUGGUGCCGCCAUAUGAUUUGAUAGCAUCACCUGGAGUCGCAGAGCCGCCGGUGGCCCAACAGCCAAUGUCUACACCGAUAAUGCAAAACCACACGGUCAAGCCUGUUCCAUUCUUCCAUACCAGAAUGAGUGAGGGAAGCAGUUGUUCGGAUGCGGACAGCUCGCUUAAGCGCUCACAACGUGCACGACGUCCAAACAAAUUCUACGGCUACACAAGUGACGAUGAAAAUGUCCCCGGUACUCCUUUAGUGAUCGGAACUAGAACAUUUAAACCUCAACCACCACCGCAAUUGACUUGGAGGAAAGAGGACCUUCCAGCUCCCUCAAAAAGUAUACUCCUCAACAAACAGCCCCGCACUCCGAAGACCCCAGCUGGCCAAAAAGGGCAAAUAAAAAAGCGAGUUCAUCAGAAAACAUUAAGUUUGAAAAAGAAAGUACAUCGAUUGCCACCCAUACCCACGUUGAAAAUUCGGCCCCCGAAAUUAAAUAAGCCUGCUGAUGUAGCAGUUACCUUGCCUCCACCCCCACCACCACCGAUUCCAUCUCAUCACUCAUUUUCUUCAAGUCGAGAUGAAUCGGACGACAGUGACAGCAGCGAUGAUGACUUAGAACUUCCGGCUGCCAACACUGUUGUACCAGCGGCAUCAAUAAUUCCAAAAUGGAAUCCAGCUCCUGCUGCUCCUGCAGUUAUUGUAGAACCUCCACCACCUCCGCCACCUCAAGCAUCGAUGUUCAAUCAAAAGAUACCCCCAGCAUUGCUACCCAAUCCGGAUUUUGCAACCAUUCAGUAUUUCAAGCGCAACAACAUACGCUAUCCAAUAGCACCACCAGCUGGUGCCAGGCAGCCACGAGAUGGAGAGAGUGUCUAUUGCUAUUGUCGGUGUCCCUAUGAUGAAGUUAGUGAGAUGAUUGCCUGCGACGGAGAGAACUGCUUAAUCGAAUGGUUCCACUUUGAAUGUGUGGGCAUAAUGGUUGCCCCCCAAGGCAAAUGGUUCUGCGCUGAAUGCCGACCCAAGUACUCCAAUGAACUUUAUCCGCAAUUGUCAUAAUGUGGAGCAUCAAAAUUCAGAUACAUUUCAAGAUAUUUUCACUAGCACUAGUAAUGUCGAAAACACAGCAUUUGGAUCCUUAAUAUGCUAUCGAAUUGUAAACCAUGUAUCCAGUGUUAAGCUUAAUUCAUUUAACAUUAAAAAGAAAUUUAUAUCUUUAAAAACACACACUUAAGAAAUACGCUUAUUAAUUAUAAAUUAAUCAUUAAACUAUUGUGUAAUAUAAUCUUGAGGUUUAUAAUCGUAAAAAUAAAUAUGAAACAAAAAUAAACAUAAAAAUAACAAAACAAGCAAAAAUCAUUGAAUACUUUUUAGUGGAAAUAUAGUUGAAUUAAUAAAACAAAACAACAAUUAUUGUGAUUUCAGGAAAUUUAAAUCAACAACAAAAGGAGUUAAUUUUGUUAUUCUUGUAUAUAUGUAUUCAAAAUCUUUAUAAACUAAAAAUUAAAUGUACAAUAUUAGUUAUUACCUUUAUAAUUAUUAAAAAUAAUAAAUAAAUAAAUAGCUCAUUAUAAAUAUUAAUAAUAAUAACGUAUAAGUAGACGUUUAAGAAAUUUAACUGAGAUGAUUAAUAAAACAUCUCAUUUAUGUAUAACUAGUUUUUAUGUUUAGUUGUGUACGAUAUUCAUACAUAAAUAAUAUAAUUAUAAUAAUAGGUGUAUAAACAUGGAUGUGAUUCUAUUAAUUAUUUCAGUAGACCACAAAAUAGUAAUCGAACUUAAAUUUUAUUUUUUAUUUUACCUUUUUCACAUAAAAAAAAACAAAAUGUUUUUUUUAUUAUUUUUCUUAAUUUUUACUAAAUUCAAACAUGUCUGUGAAAUUUAAAAAGAAAAAGAAAAAAACAAUUUCAACCUAAUAGUUAAACAAGAAAUAAAUUAUAAUAACAGUUUAAUGUAUUGUUAAAUUGUUCUUGUUCUCUAUAAUCGAUUAUGUCGAAAAUAUAAACUGAUAUACCCUACACAACAAGUAAUUAAAAAAUAAAAAAAAAAACAAAUGAAGAAUACAAUAAAAUACAGAAAAAAUACUA